UGAGUUAGGUUAUGUUGAGCCUUUGUGUUGUUGUGAAUUUAAUUUAAACCACCCAAUUUUCGCAAGCAUUAGAAAAAUCUUAUGAUAAAUCUCUUAUUUUCUUAAUGCAAUCCGUUUCGUAUACAUGUCAAGUUAAUGCUUUUUCGAAUUACCAUCCAACCGUAAAAUCAAUUUUAGUGUGUUGCCUGAUCAGCUGAGAGCUGAGAGCCGAGAGCGACUUCAACGACUUGAGUUCGGAGUAGGAGUUUCUUGAAUCUGGGGUAUAAUAAAUAAUAGGGAUGGGUGACUUGGGCGUUAAAAUUGUUAAAAGUUCUCAUCAGUCGCUGUGUUGUGCUGUUGUUAAUAUUUUAUUUUGAGUUUUACUGAUAAUUUCAACUACGGCGUAUCGUUAGAUUGUUGUUGUGUUGAACUGCAUUUGUGCACCAGAACUAUAGUCGUGUGUAACAGUUUAGACACAUUAUUUUCGGAAUACUAAACCGAUGUUUAUCAACGAAUCUAAAAAUAUUUUAAUGUAUCUUAUAAGAGUUAUUCAAGAUGUCAAAUCCACCUGUCAAAAUGGAAGUUGACAUUCCAGCUUCAUUAAAAAGAUCCAGUAGUGCACCAAUGAUCAAUCAGUUAAAUCCUACAAUGACUACAUCAGCAACAACUGCUACUACCUCAAGGGAAUCAACAACCUUCAACGUGUUUUCAUCAAUGGCCCCCCGAACGCGGCGAUUCAGUGCCAGUUUUACUUCCGGGUCCACUGCACCACUGCUGUCCCCCCGCUUGACUCCACGGAUCAGCCAGCUUCGUCAGGAGGAGUGCCUAGACGUGGCUGUAGGCCGAGAGACGGCACAUGAGCGGGAACUGAACAACACAAUGGUCAUGUCACAGUCUUGGGAGGACCUUACCAUUGUCGGCAAUUCACCCAAGGGAGAUGCCGGAGACCGUAGUCCCAAGCCAAGAGUAGGCUUGUGUGACCCUCUACAUGUCCACCUCCCCUCUCUCUCCCCCGUCUGUUCCUCUCCCUCCCCCACCCGGAUGCUGGGCACCAAGCAGGUGUUCUCACCCAACGUUUGGAAAACCAACCUCUCACCAAGUCCUACCAGGAAGUUCACCACCAGACGGAGUUUGAGCCCUAUUGCAUUGCGGACACCAACUCUGGGCCCCAUCAAACGCAAAUUUGACUUGGAUGACAACGAGCCACCUGCAAAGCGGACGAGCAUGGGACUGCUCAUGCCUCAAUCAAGGCUAGACUUGACUGCCAGUCCACUGGCUGGAUCGCUUAGCUCUGUUGGCACCCCUGAGUCAUUAUCAAGUGGAGACUCACCGGUAGGGUUCAGCUAUCGUAACGUGGACAGUCCCAACACUACGUCGGAGCACACAUCCUCAGAUCAACAGUCCUCCGACCAUCCGAUGGAUCAACCCACGGAUACUCAAACUCGGAUGGAUCACUCGUCCAGCAACUCAACAGACCAGUCCGACUCUACAGAUCACCCGAUGAGAGAUUUGACCACGUCAGUCCCCAACCCGUCAUAACUGGUGAUAUCAACGCUUAUGUAUAAUUGUGUCCUAGUCUUAGGUUAUGAGUUAUGCCGGUAUUGUAGUAUUAUACAUCCUUCGUAAAUAGCUUUGGUACAAAGUUUAGAAUAUUGAAACAAAGUUCAUCACUAGGUUUGUUACAAUUAAGGCUUUUGUCAGCAUAUUGCUACUCGUGUUAAUCUUGUAUUCUUUCUCGUUUAAACUUGACUGAUAAGAAAAUGCUAACGGCAAAUUAGUAGAGAUGGACGGGAUUGGACUUUUAGUUUGGGACGGGCAGAAUUUUAUUCCCUUCCUGAUUUUUGGGACAGGAACAUGACGGGAUUUUUCUUCUUAGGCAAAAUGAGUUUGAUAUUAAAAUCUUGCCUAUAAGUUCUCGCAGAUUAAAUUUAUGACAAACAAAAUCUAUAUGGUCCUGUAGUACAGAAACCAAUAAUGGGUUAAAAUAACAAAAACCUUUUUCCAAAAAUAAAAAUGUUAUAUUAUAGCCUAUAUUUAAUAAAAUUUGACUGCAAAACAUCAGUCUAGCUAAAAACCAAUAGCUAAUCACAAACAGGUAUUAAGGCCAAGUAUCACUCUAUUUUAGCAAAUUUAUCAUAUAGGGAAUAUUAGCGUAUUUUCCCAUAGGCCUAUAGGGAAUAAGCUAUUACCUAUAAACUCUGUCUAUUCUAACGAUGUUCGGACUAUGGGAACAGGGUUUUAUGGGAGAUUUUAGAUUUUUCCCUUUUUUAACCUUGAAAAAUAAAUAGGCCUAUCUUGUAAUUUUUAUCUAGACCUUUUUGUUGAGAUAUAAUUUUGCAAAGCAUUGUUGUAUGCUUAGACAUAAUGGUUACAAAAAGAUUUUUUUUGAAACUGCACCAUCGCUAACGUCUUGAAAUGGGGAGCAAGCUGGUCUAGUGGUCAGAGCACCGGACUUCGGUCCAAGAGGGGUCUUGGGUUCAAAUCCCGCCAAAUCACCAAUGGAUUUUAUCUAAGUGAUAAUGCCGCAACCCCCUAGGUCUAGCGAGUAGUGUGAAAACAAUCCCGGGCUCUUGCCUAGCGUCCUAAGGCAAAAAAAACCAUCUUGCAUAUCAUUUAUUGCACUAGGUACUAUCAUUUAUGUCUCGCAAUCACCGCGCCAUCGUUAAACCAUGUCUCGCAAUCAUGGCAAAAUUGUGAACAUCUACUAUUGCGGAGACGUAUUUGCUGAUGGUUGGAACAGAUUCGUGAAAAGAUCAUAAAUAUAUUUUCCCAAAAAUGUUGAGAAAUUUUGAGACCCGUCCAUCUCUGCAAGUGUUUUGCCUGUUGUUGCAGCAGAACAAAUCUUGAACUUAUAACUGUUAAGAAUAAUAAUUAUUCUAACCAUUUUUAUUUUUAAGACUUCCUAGGGUUGAAAAUAGUCUUUCAAGUUACUUGGAAACAAAAUAAACACCUAUUUGUGAAAAUACCUUCUUGUAUUCAACUACAAAAUACUUUUCUUCUAUCUAUAUAGUGUUUUUAGACAUUCAAAUACAGUUUUAAAAAUCUUACUAAUCUUUUCAAUAGGUCGAAUUUUCCCCUACUUAGUAAAAAGGAAUAUAUAUGUCAUCGUCAUCAAAUGCUUUCAUAUCAGUGACAAUCUGAAGUUUUUAUACUUUACUCAGGAAUUUUUGUAUGGUGAGUUAAAAGAUUAUGUUCAUACUGAAAUAUCUGUUAGAACAUUAAUGGUGAGGCUUAGCCAUUUAGAAGUAAAUCAGUGUUACAGUGUUUGUUGAGUUUGAUAAUCUUAAGAUUUUUUAUUAUUUUCCAGUAACAAAAAAUGCUUUUUUUGUGAUUGUUGUACUUUUUAUCUGAUUUUUCCAAUUGUUCAGUAAAGUUUGUAACUUCUUAAUUAUGAUAAGUAAUUUCUAUUGUUCAUAGUUUUACCAGAACAGUUUUUAUUGUUAAUAUUUUAAGGGAGUAACCUGGCUCAAUAAUUGUUUAAGUUCAGAAAGUAACAGAAGUUUUAUAACAUAUCUUAAAAUAACAGUUAAAACUAUUAUUUUUUUUUUUUAAGUUUUGAAGUUGUGUACCACCUUUAAUUUUUAAAAAUCAUAAUGAACGGCAUUUUUAUUUGAUGAUUUUGUAGUGAAUUAAUAAAAAUUGAGGCUGUGACUGCCAAACGGGUCUAAGUCGAGAUGGGCCCUUUUUCGAGGAUAGUCGAUAUUUCGCUUCCUCAUGUCUUCUAGUAUAAUCUUUGAUAACUUGGAAUGGUGUAUUUAAGUUUGUUUGGUUGGCAUGACUCUUAAAGUCAGCUUAUGUCACUGGCCCUUUAAGCAUAGAAGACCGCCUACGCUGACAGCCAAACAUAAUCUCUAAACUUUAACAGGGAUUAUCUGAAAACAUCAGUUUUUGAGAUAGGCCUGUUUAGCAGCUACGCCUCAAUUAUAAAUUAACAUUAUUAAACUUUUACUACUUUACGUUACUUUUUUAGGGAUAUUACCAACUCCAAGGCGGCUUGUUUAACUAUUACCCUUAUUUAAGGUUUUCCAGAAGUUGUUGUUUUCUUUCUGUUAAGUUUUUUUUUUACUAAUCUGUGUUUUAAUUUUAAAAUAAUUUGGAUUCUUAGAAACGUGUGUAGACGCCUCAUAGCGUAGAUAAUGUGUAAAUACUAGCGAGACUUGGUCGGGACUACCCCGAGCUCUAGUCCCAAGUUACCGUAACUUUACGGACCUUAUCUUAGGGAGGAACCAAAGAAUCCCUGUGUGUAUGAUCUGAGUUUCUCCGGUGUGUGUUUGUUUGUGUGUAUUUAUUGUCAUAGACUGAACGCAAUAUCUAUUGUUGCCUUGUAGACGCAUACUCAUACUCGACUUCGUAUUGUAUAUUGUAGACUACGAGUUAUUCAAUUUGAAAUUAAACAAUACUCUUGUCAUGUCAA